AUGUCCUGCGUCCGCCCGCUGCUGGGCCUCCUGGCUACCCUGGCGGCCGUCGGCGCCGUCGCCUUCCUCGGCUACUGCGUUUACUUCGACCGGAAGCGGCGAGGCGACCCCGCGUUCAAGCGCCGCCUGCGGGACAAGAGAAGAGCCGGACAGCGGAGGGCCGAGGCGCGGGGCGCGCAGUUGUGGGAUACAGCAAAGAAUGAAAAAUUACAGGAACUUUUUUUGCAAGAGGUACAGAUGGGAGAACUUUGGUUAUCUAGAGGAGAGCAUAGAAUGGGAGUUGAACAUCUCAGCAAUGCCCUCUUACUGUGUGGGCAACCACGGGAACUCCUGAAGGUUUUCAAAUACAUGCUCCCUCCCAAGGUAUUUGAGAUGCUGUUGCACAGAGUUCCCCUUAUUUGCCAGCAAUUUGAGGCAGACAUGAAUGAACAGCAAUACUUGGAGGAUGCUCGUGAUUGAAAAACAUUCAGCGUAUCCACAGUCCAGUCAGAAUACCAUGGUACUCUUAUUCUAUAAACAACUGCUCAGUGAUAUUUCCAU